UUCGUAACUCCGCCUCCUCCUUAUCCUGCUCGCCCUCGUGAUCCUUCUGCUCUCUGCGACUCGAUCCCGUAUGAUUUUGGCCUUUAUAAAAGGCCUGAGAGCGCAAUUUCUCCGGCUUCAUGCAGAGCUUCUCUGAUUUCACUUCUUUUUGUAAAUCCAAACCCUAGUCCUAUUCAAUUGCUGGUUUCCUCUCUCCCAAACCCCCACCGGAAGAUUUUAGGGCUGAGUCUCGAUUCCUGCUAAGGCAAUCAAUAGACAUUUAUAGCGGUGUGACACCACCAACAAUCGGAUUUCUAGGGACACCAAAUUUGAGUAGGUUUGGGAGCUCAUUCUUGAAUAAUUCAUUCAGAGGACGCCAUACCUCUGAGAUCCUCAACUCCCUCAUCAAACCAUUGCUCCCUACUCAAGCCGAAGAUGAACAACAACAAAGAAAGAGCUCCCACUUAUUGGUCAUUGCCCCACGCCAAUGUUCCUACACCCAAGGUGUCUUCAACGGUGUUAAUGUGCUUUGUGGGGUUGGAAUCCUCUCUGCACCCUAUGCAAUCAAGGAAGGUGGGUGGCUUGGCUUGUUCAUAUUAUUUAUAUAUGGUGUGAUUGCCUUCUACACGGGGAUUCUUCUGCGCAAUUGUUUAGAUAGUAAACCAGGUCUUGAGACAUACCCCGACAUUGGCCAGGCUGCAUUUGGCCCUUAUGGCCGCAUUAUUAUCUCGAUUAUCUUAUAUUUGGAAUUAUAUGCUUGUUGUGUUGAGUACAUCAUAUUGGACAGUGACAAUUUAUCAUCCUUAUUUCCAAAUGCACAUUUGAAUAUUGGUGGAAUACAUUUAAGUUCACAUCUUCUUUUUGCUGUGCUUGUAACUCUUAUAGUUCUCCCAACCACAUGGCUUCGAGAUCUUAGCAUUCUUAGCUACAUAUCAGCUGGAGGAGUUAUUGCAUCAAUACUAGUGGUGUCAUGCUUGUUUUGGGUGGGAUUAAUUGAUAAUAUUGGCUAUAAAAAUGAGGGUUCUCUCAUAAAUUUUUCUGGCAUUUCAAUAGCGAUUGGCCUUUAUGGUUAUUCAUACUCCGGCCAUGCUAUUUUCCCGAACAUAUACUCUUCAUUGAAGAACAAAAAUGAGUUCCCUGCAGUUCUUUUCACGAGUUUUGUCAUUUCUGCUUUAUUAUUUGCUGGGGUUGCAAUAAUGGGAUUUGCAUUAUUUGGGGAGUCCACUCAGUCACAGUUCACUCUCAAUGUGCCAUAUGAAUUUGUAGCCUCGAAAAUUGCUGUUUGGACAACG